ACAAAAACACAAUACCCAGUUUGGACUGACACUAUAGCACCUUCUACAACCAACCACGGAGCCAAGAUGAGAGUCGGAGUGCCCAUAUUCCUCUUUCUGGCUGCAGCAGGAUUCCAUACUGCUCUGGCUGCAUCCUUGGAAUCGGCAGAAAAAGAGGACACAUUUGGUGAGGAAGUGGGGCUGGAGCAGCUAAGUGACCUGCAAAAGAGAGAUCAGGAGGAGUUUGAAGCAGCUCAAAUGAGUGAGGAUGCACAGAGUGAGGAUGUACACUACUUGGAGGCUGUUCAAGAUCAACAUACUGAGGAGAAGAAUGACACUCAUGAGGAGGACAUGGCAGACAGAGACAGAGACAGAAACGUUGAGACAGACCAACAUGAGUCUGAGUCUGAUGAGAAUGUAGAUGGUAUGAGGCACAAGCGAGAACACCUUGAAGCCAACGUUGAAGAAGCAGAUGAAAUGGCAAAUGUAGAUGAGCUCAUUGAGGACAAAGCCAGAGACGAAGCUGAGGUAGAGUGAGUCUGCAGGAGGCAUCAUGUGAGGAGGCGGAGCCUGCAGACCUACCACCAUCUUCCAUUAGAGAACCUGAAGAACAUUGUGCAGCGGAACAGUUUACUGUCAAUAAAGAGAAACAUCUCUCACCAUUCUA